ACUUAAUGGAUGUAUUAUUUGUGUAGGGCAUAUGACUUCUUGUUUGUUUUUGGUGAGGCUUAACAUGUAAGUUUUGUAUUUGCAGGUUUGUAGCUACUGAAUUGGCGACAGAUAUCACUGUAAAAGUGGGGGAUGUGAAGUUUUAUCUUCACAAGUUUCCCCUUUUGUCCAAGUGUCCUCGUUUGGAGAGGAUAUUAGUCUCCACAAGUGAAACAAACAAUGAAGAGAUUGACAUUCCUGACAUCCCUGGUGGCUCUGCAGCCUUUGAGAUUUGUGCAAAAUUUUGUUAUGGCAUGAUUGUCACACUCAAUGCUUACAAUGUCGUUGCAGUUCGCUGCGCCGCAGAGUAUCUCGAAAUGCAUGAAACUAUCGAGAAGGGGAAUCUCAUCUACAAGAUUGAUAUUUUUCUCAAUUCUAGCAUUUUUCGUAGCUGGAAAGACUCCAUCAUAGUUCUCCAAACUGCAAAAUCACUGCAACCUUGGUCUGAAGACCUCAAGCUGGUUAGCCACUGCAUAGAAUCUUUGGCUUCCAAGGUUUCUAUCGAUCCCGGAGAAGUUGAAUGGUCGUAUACAUAUAAUAGAAAGAAGCUUCCUUCAGAAAAUGGCGGUGAGAUUCAGUGGAAUGGAGUGAGAAAGCUGCAAUCUGUGCCGAAAGACUGGUGGGUUGAGGAUCUUUGUGAGCUUGGAAUGGACUCCUACAAGAGAGUUAUAAUGGCAAUAAAAACCAAGGGUAGAGUAUGUGGUGAAGUUAUUGGAGAAGCUCUUAAAGCUUAUGCAUAUAAAAGAUUACCAGGCUUCAAUAAAACCACUACAACACAUGAAGGUGAUUUUGCGAUGUACCGGGUUUUGCUUGAAACCAUUGUCUGGUUGUUGCCUACAAAGAGAGGCUCAGUUUCAUGUAGUUUCCUUCUGAAGCUAUUCAAAGAAGCAAGCUUUCUGGAUUGCGGUGAGAAUUGCAGGAAGGAAUUGAUCAAGAGAAUAGGAAAACAGUUGGAGGAAGCAUCAGUAACUGAUUUAUUGAUUCCUGCUCCAGUAGGGGAGAGUACCUUAUAUGACAUUGAUCUGGUACUUAAUGUGAUGGGAGAGUUCUUGAUACAUGAGCAUGGCGGUGCUCAGAGAAGCUCGUGCGACUCCAGAGAGCUCGAAGAAGCCAGGAAUCCUGCUUCGGUUUCUGGCAACUUAUCAAUAACUGUGGUGAAAUUGAUUGAUGGGUAUCUUGCUGAAGCUGCCAAAGAUCCUAACCUUCCUAUUUUGAAAUUUGUUGAACUAGCUGGUAUGGUGUCAGGUUCGGCAAGGCCAGUUCAUGAUGAGCUUUAUCGGGCUAUCGAUAAUUUCCUGAAGGAGCAUCCAGAUCUCACAAAGAGUGAAAAGAAGAAGAUUUGCAGGCUAAUGGACUGCAAGAAGCUGUCACCAGAUUCCUGCAUUCACGCUCUGCAGAACGACAGACUUCCCUUGAGAGUUGUUGUUCAGCUCCUCUAUUUUGUGCAGAUGAGACAGUUUUCAGCUCGGGGGACCAGCGGUGCUUCCGAAGGCGGCUCGAUAUCCACUGCCAUGAACACAGGUGAUGAAUGCAAUGGCGAGACCAUGGCUGUAGAGAGCAGUGGUGGCAGGAACGUGAAGGGAGUUCUAAUGCCGAAGAGAAUUCUGGGCAAGUUGUGGUCAGGAAAGGUGCAGUGGGGUGAUAACAGCAGCUCCGACACGUCGGAAAGCCCCAGUUCGAUCAACCCUGAUGAGGCCAAGUCCACCCUCUCAAGGAACAUUAGGUACUCAGUUUCUUAGCAGGGUGUGUAAGAAGAGAGAUUAUUACGUGCGGAGUCUGGACGUGUUCGGAGACCAAUCCGGAAGAGCCACGUCACUCAAUGCACUGUUUAUUGGGUGACGUGCGCGUCUGGAUUGUCCUCCAAACGCGUCCGAACACCGCAUGUAAUAAUUUUUCGUGCAUGAAGGCUGGAAAUUUGAGAGUAAGUUGUAACAAAAGGUUGAGAUGUUUAUGGAUUCAGGUGGUAUGGGACUGCACAGUGUAGAAAUUUUGGCUGUAACAGUGAGGAAGAAAGGGGUGAUGAAGGUAGUAAUGGUUAGAUGCUUUUUCAUACUUCUAUAGGUCUUGAUGUUGUAUUUCAUGUUGUUAAUGAAAAAUCUUCUCUUUAAAGAGGAUGUAUUGUGAGCUCAGUACCCCGACGUCUCCUCUCUGAUCAUGAUUCAUGAAAUCUCCAGGCUUUUCAAGAAGAUUCUGCAGCAUGAGAACCAUGUAAACAAGUGCUAAAAAUAUCAAAUUGCAGUUAUGGAUUUUUAUCGAAA